AUGGCUUUCCGCGGAGAGCGCUUUGUUCUAGAUCUUGAUUCCGACCCCGAAGACCUUCCUCCUCCGUCUCAAACCUCAACGCUUGCCAUCCCCGGUGUCAUUGGAGAGAUUCAAGAACGCUCCCCCGCCGCACCUCCUGCUCCUCCCACUCUCAAGUCAGCCACCGGCUUCCCUGCCCACCGUCGCCGCGCCAAACCAUCUGCUUUCAAGCAGCGGCAAGCUCAGGUUAAGGCCACACCUGAACCUUCAAUAAAAGCGGCGCAUGGUUUAGACGAUGAGAAAACCGCGAUUCAGGAACAAAACCGCCAGCAGCUAGCGUCCAUGUCAGAUGCUCAGAUUGAAAGAGAACGAGAGGAAUUGAUGUCAUCUCUUGAUCCGUCACUUCUUGAGCGCUUCCUCCGUCGAGCUCGUAUUGAUGAUGAUAAUCCUGCGCCGUCAGCUUCCGCUGCUGCUGCCAGAAACGAUACCCCAGCCUCUUCAGCUCCUCCAGACUCGGGGUCAGCUCCAACACCCGCAUCCGCACCACCACCACCACCGCUCAAAUCUACACCAAAACCAAGCGCAUCUCCCAACCCAGAUGAGCUCCCUCCCUCGACGGUCCCCGAAGACAUUCUCCCAGCAGCAGAUUUCCCGUCCUCCGGCUCCGUCCACUUCCCCACCCCUCCUCCACGCUCCACCACAAUGCCAGCAUUAGACCCUUCUUCACCCUCGUUCUUGACCGAUUUACAAGCCCACUAUUUCCCUGAUAUCUCCCACGACUCUUCCUCCCUAUCCUGGCUCCAGCCGCCCCCUUCCGAUCCAGACGAACCCGGCGCCCCUCCCUCUUCCGCAUACCACCCCGGAAGCAGCGCCGAAGCCGUCCACCCAGCCUCACUACGAUUUUCUCUGACCGGAACGAUCCUCUCCCCCUCUACAUCGCUCUCUCUCCCCACCAAUCUCGGCCUCCACCACCACGGUAACGACCCGCACGCCGCCGGAUACACAAUCCCCGAACUCGCAAUCCUCAGCCGCUCGUCGUUCCCUGCGCAGCGUUGCGUCGCCUGGCAGGUCCUCGGCCGGAUCUUAUUCCGUUUAGGGAAGGGUCAGUUCGGCGAGCGAGGGAGUCCGUUAGUAGAGGGGUUGUGGUCGGUCGUUGAGCGGGAGGGUGCUGUGGCUGGUAUGCUGGAGGAAGCGGGGCCGUCUACAUCAGCGCCCUCGUCCCGUCGCGGUGCUGCGAGUACAACUACUGAUGAGCAAAGCUCUGUUUCGACGAAGGGUUGCGGCGUCGGGCGCCAUGCUAGUGCAUCUGCAUGGGCAAUAGAAGGCGUGUGGUUAUGGCAGAUGGGCGGCGCUGGGGAUCGCGGAAUCCUGAAGCCCGGGGAGAUUCGAUCGCAAUGA